AAAAAAUAUAAAAGCUUUUAAAAGUAAAGCCCGUUGCUUUUCCUUCAUUUGAACUACACCAGUUUCCUUUCGGCGCUACUUUGUUCCUCUUGUUUCUCUCUUUCGUUCAUUUUCAUCUUCACAAGUAACACCACCAAAUUCUCAAGUUUUUCCCUGAUUUUUUUUUCAAUUAUUUCACUUAUUUUAGUCAUAAUUAUCAAUUAUGGGUAUUUCAAAGAAGACUUCUUUGUCAGAUCAUAAAAAAUGGGAAAUCAUGUUCAAUUCUCUCAAACAAAUGCUUCGUAAACAAGCAGAGCAACUCAAUUCUCUGAUUGAACAACGCACUUACCUUCAACAACGCAUUCAACUUCAGUUUGAACGUUGGAAAUCUGAUGUUCAUAUGUUUGAAGAUGUACUUUCUCAGAUGAGAAGACAAUUGUCAUUGUCUGUAUUGGGGAGAUCUGUUGAGAUUUCUAAAGCUGAGUUUUUGGUGGCUUCCAAGCAGCGAAGUGCGUUGUUCAACCAGCUUAAAUUUGAACAUGCACAGAGUGACUUAGAUGAUUUUAUAGCCUGGUUUGACAUCCUCUCUCAUAGAAGUCCUGAUAACGAGAAUAUGAAUAUUUCUUUCGAUGGGUUGUAUGAAAGCUUUAAAGAGAAAGUUGGUAGUCCUAGCAGCUCAAAGGAGGGUUCUAAGAGACACUUUGAGCUCAAGAAGGAACUUGCAAUACUCAAACGUGAUUAUGAGAAGCUUUCUGUGAAACAUAAGUCUGAUAUGACUGCGCUACAGGAUGAGAAUACCUUUGUUUGGAAUCAAUACAAAGCAAUGGAGCGCAGUUACACCAAUCAACUGCAGAAUAAGAAUGAUGAAAUCAAUAGAGCAAGUGGGAACAUUCUGAGUCUCCUCACAAAUCUGGAGCAAUUACAGUCGGCAGGCAUUGAAAAGGAUGAGACAGUCGCAAUGUUAAGAGCCAACGUCGUUGAGUUGGGGGAUGCAGGCAAUAGAAAAGAUGAAGAAAUCUCUAAACUCUCAAAAGAAUUGGAGUUGUUAAAAUCUAAAAUCACUGAUAUCACAAGUGAACGUUCAAUUUCUGCCUUGAAGGGUAAAAGAGUUAGAGGCAAACAACAAUUAUCUGUGCUGGACGAGGAUGUCACUUCUGCGCAGCUAAAGGUUACAAUCUCAACUUUAAGAGCUAAAGUCAGUGAGUUGGAAGCUGAAGCUAGUAAAAAAAGUGAAGAAAUUUCAAUACUGUCAAAAGAAAUAAUGUUGCUAAGAUCUAAUAGCUCAGCUGAUACACCUUUGUUGAGAGGCUGGAAUAAUGAACCAUCUUUUUCUAUGUCAAGAGGCAGAGGUAAUGGCAGAGUUCGGGAUAUUGCUUCUGAGGAGGAAAAAACACCUUCAACUCAGCUAGAGAAUACAUAUGCAACUGUGAGAGACAAAAUCAGUUGGUCAGAGGGUGAGACAAGCCAGAAAAAUGGUGAAAUUUCCGCUCUGUCCAAGAAAUUAUACCUGCUGAGAUCUAAAAGUCCUGCUGAAACACCUGCUUUAAGACGGUGCUCUGCUCAACCAUCUUUUUCUAGGUCCAGAAGAAGAGAAAGUGGUAAGGACCCUGAGGGUGGAGCUUUGAAGGAAGAAACAUCUGCUGAGCUGGUCUCUGUACAAGGUGUAAGACGGUCCAAGAGAAAACAAGCCGAAAUCAUUAAUAUAGAGGACACACCGAGAUUAUUUACAUCCCAGUUCAAGAUCCCUAAAUUGAGAAGCAGAUCUCCUCGUGGAAGAUAACAUUUCCUCGUUAUCUCACUUGUUUCUCUCAAAAGAUCCAAGUCUUCAUGUACAGAUCUAUAAGAUACGUAUUGCGCAUUGGAUGCAGCAUUAGAGCAUCUUUGCCUUUUCUGUAUAAAUUUUAACAAUUUGAGAUUAAGGGCAUAAGCAUGUAUUAUCUUCUAAAAGUAAUAUAUAUAUUUAACACCUAUGUCAUUUAGAUUAGAGUAAAUUUUAACAAUUUGAGAUUAAGGGCAUAAGCAUGUAUUAUCUUCUAAAAGUAUUAUAUAAAUACGUUUGCUGUAUUAAUCUUUCUUCUCCUGAGAAUCCAGACGAAGGCCGUCUGUUGUAUCUAAAUUGCAGCUUGCUA